AAGUAUUGGAAUUUUCGCAAUUUGACUUAUUGCUUCAUUUUAAUUAUAAAAAGCGCACUAACAUGCGUCUAAUAUGUAUCGAUCGCUGCACAUGUUUCCCAUUAGAGGACGCUGCUGCACAUUCACCAGAUGGCGAGUACAACAGUCCAGAUCAGCAUGUCAGUCGAGGCGACUUCUACAGCACUUUCCAUUGACAGUGCCCUCUACUAUACCUACUUUACUUAGUGACCAUGAUAGCCUUAAAUAUUCGUAGAAGCACGUGCGUCCAUCACUGUCAACACCCGACCCUUACUAAAAUCAAAUCUAUACAUGUCUAGAAAGGAAUCACAUUGGGUCAAGCGGGUUAGUGUGCUGACCACACUAAGAACUGCUGCACAAUGUUCCUACUUCUGGAAUUAUCACCGUCAUGAGUGUAGCUAUAGACGACAAUUUAGAGGAGCAAAGGCCUCAAAAGCUCUCACUGUGCCAAAGUUUUCGUCGAGAUGCACACAUCAAAUGUUUAGUUUUAACUCUGUUAAUUUUCGGAUGCCUCGCAGCCCUUGCUUGGUGUCGUAUGGCAGAAGUUACUCGUUUAGUUGUGAAUUUUCAAAGUUUUCCCAUUACAAGUCGACGAAGAGUAAGUCCUUGUGACGAAGGUUAUAUCUAUAUUCCUAUAGCCUUCAUGGUAAUGUUAUAUUUGGUAUACCUGGUGGAAUGCUGGCACUGUAGCACACGUUUAGAACUGACAUAUAAUGUCGAUGCCAGCGUGGUAUACGAUCACAUUCAGCAGAUGCGCGAGUCUCAACCGAUGAUCUGGUGGAAAGCCAUUUGCUAUCAUUACGUUCGACGAAGUAGGCAAGUAACCAGGUAUAGAAAUGGCGAUGCGUACACCACGACCCAGAUAUACUUCGAAAGAGUGAACUCGCACUCUUCCGGAUCAUGUUUUACAUAUACAAACUGUGGUGUAAAAGACAUCUCAAAGAAGUUAGUCGAUUUAGAAAAACAUCCGGCUACAAAAAUAAGAUUCAGCAAAGGUUUCGCUUUCGCAAACAUUGAAGCUGCUAAUGAGUUCGAGGAACAAAGAAUGAGAUUUUUUUUAGAAAAUGAGCGGAUCGAUGAUUAUAUGGAAAUGAGAGAAGGAUUAGAUUUGGUUGGAGUCAACUUCCAAGAAUACAUGGUGGCCUUCGCAGAUCCAGAUAGAUUGCCGUGGUACGUCUCUCAUUUGGUGUUCUGGUUAUUCUCUAUGGUGUUAUUGUCAUGGCCACUAAGAGUUCUUAUUGAAUUCAAAACGGCUUACGUCCAUUAUCAAGUAACCAAGUUAUUCGGUGUGAACUACCUCACUCCUGCAAGCGGUACCCGAGUGCCAGAUAGAAUGUCUCGCGGAAGCACGGUAGACAGUUCAGAAAUAGAGCAUUUAAUUUCCAAUAAUUUUACUUUGGCUCCUAGUUAUUCCGAAGCCCUGUUACUAGACACAUCCAGGAUGACGCAGCUAGUACACAGGGAUACUAAUGGCAAUCUACCGAAUGGAAUAUGCCCUACGGAUUCCAUCUUGGCUUCGCGCGAUUCUCUAAUGGAAAAUUACGGAAGUGUAUCUAGAAGGCCCCAAUCUAUCAGUCGUACUUCUCUACCCAGUGGACAGGUUGUUUUUGUAGUAUCUCCACUCACACCAGACAUCAGGCACGAGUUCGAUUCAAGUAGAGAUCCACCCGCCUUUCAACAUGAUGAUGAAUGUCCGCCCACUUAUGAAGAUGCUCUUCGCAUCUGCCGCCCCCUCUUGCCUCUCAGACGUUCCUUAACUGAGAGGAAUUUUCAACGUCCAGUUUGCCCAAAUCGUUUACAAGGACGAUCGCUAUCUGCCAGCAUCGAUGUAUCUGAAACGGCUUUAUAAGGUCGCGCGAUUGUAAAAUAAUUUGCUAUUUUCUGUUAACGCUAAUUUACCCCAAGCAACGAAUUCGUUUAAAAGCAUAUACAAAUAUACGGCAAUGUGUAUAUACAAGAUAUAUAUAUAUAUAUAUAUAUGAAAAUAAACAAAAUGUUUUUUUUUC